AUAAAUAACCUUUUCAAUCAAAAAGGUAAAACCAAAUCUUCUACUCAGCUUCGUUUCCACGCGCAGGAAACCCUAGAAAUCCCCCCACCCGAUUCCUCUCGGCAGGAUCCCCAACCCUUCCUCGCCCCCGGAGGCCUGAGCCGUAGUUCCCGACCCCCAGUCGCCCAAUUUCGCCGCCGCCCGAUCCCCGGAGUCCCGCGCCCUUCUUCUAUCCAUCUGGGCGGGCCGCCGGAAAGCGACUCGGGAUGGUGUUCUACUUCAAGGCGCGGCCCGACGCCGGUGACUACACCAUCUUCAUGGGGCUCGACAAGCAUGAGAACGAGGACCUCAUCAAGUACGGCUUCCCCGAGGACAUCUGGUUCCAUGUAGAUAAGAUGUCCUCUGCUCAUGUAUAUGUGAGACUGAAUAAAGGUCAAACAAUGGAUGACAUAAGCGAAGGUUUGCUGGAAGAUUGUGCCCAGCUUGUUAAAGCGAACUCCAUUCAAGGUAAUAAGGUGAAUAAUGUUGAUGUGGUUUAUACACCAUGGUACAAUCUGAAGAAGACACCAUCCAUGGAUGUGGGUCAAGUUGGCUUUCACAACUCUAAAUUGGUUCGGACUGUUCAAGUAGAAAAGCGAAUCAAUGAGGUUGUCAAUCGGUUGAACAAGACAAAGGUGGAGAGGACGCCUGACUUAAAGGCUGAAAGAGAAGCUGUGAGUGCUGCUGAAAAGGCUGAAAGAAAGUUGCAGCUUAGAGACAAAAAACGUAAAGAAGAGAUGGAGAGGCUCGAGAAGGAGAAGCAGGCUGAAAUAAGGAGUUACAAGGGCCUGAUGGUCCAAGACAAGAUGACUUCGAACAAGCAGGUUGCGUCUGGUAGCAAGACCCUGCAGGAACUAGAGGAGGACUUCAUGUGAGGCAACAGUGUGACGAAUUCGAUCAUACUGCAAAAGCUCUCUAAGAACUGAUUCUGUCGAAGACAGGACAGGCAUCGCCCAGCUUUCAAGACUCUUGACCUGAUGAUUCCAGGCGGAACCUUGACCUGUUACUGUUAUGCUUCGUACUUUAAUGGCAUCUGUAGACCUGUUUGAUGUGUUGAGACAACAGCUAUGUGUGAUCUAGCCGUGGGUCCGAUACAUGGAUCGGUUAAUCGUGAACCCGACAUGGUAAUAAAACUUAUUUUCAAUGA